UUUUUUUUUUUUUAAUUUUAUUUCCUACCUUCUUUUUUUUUCCCCUUUUUCUCUUUAUUACAACUUUAUAUAAGAUGGAUGACAAUUACGAUAUUAUUGUUCUUGGUACUGGUUUAACUGAAUGUAUUCUUUCUGGUAUAUUCUCAGUCGAAGGCAAAAAGGUUCUUCACAUGGAUAGAAAUGAUUAUUAUGGUGGUGAAUCUGCCUCUUUAAACCUGACACAGCUUUAUCGCAAAUUUAGACCUGACCAAGUUGCCCCUGCCGAGCUUGGUCGCGACCGUGACUACAAUAUUGACCUUAUUCCCAAAUUCAUGAUGGCCAAUGGCGAAAUUGUUCGUUUUUUGACUCAUACAGAUGUUACUCGAUAUCUUGAAUUUAAGCAAAUUGCGGGCUCCUUUGUAUACAAGGAUGGCAAGAUUUUUAAAGUUCCCUCAAGUGAAAUGGAAGCUGUUUCAACAUCUUUAUUAGGCAUGGUUGAAAAACGUCGAUUACAAAAAUUCUUUGAAUUUGUACAAAAUUGGAAGGAAGAUGAUGAGACAACUCAUGAAGGACUUGAUUUAGAUAAUAAUACAAUGGUGGAUGUCUAUGCGAAAUUUGGUCUUGAGCCUGGAACUCAAGAUUUUAUUGGUCAUGCAAUGGCACUUCAUCUCGAUGACGUGUAUCUUAAGCAGCCUGCCCGUGAAACAAUUAAUAAGAUAAUUUUAUAUGUUGCUUCUGUGGCACGCUAUGGUAAGAGCCCCUACAUCUAUCCUUUACACGGGCUUGGUGAAUUACCUCAAUCAUUUGCUCGUCUCAGUGCUAUUUACGGCGGUACCUAUAUGUUGGAUAGAUCUGCUGAUGAAAUUCUUUAUGAUGAGCAAGGUAAAGCCAUAGGCAUUCGAUCAGGUACUGAAACUGCUACAGCUAAACAAAUCAUUUGUGAUCCCUCUUAUGCAUCACAGAAGGUCCAUUCAACGGGUAAAGUAGUUCGUGCCAUUUGUUUCUUGAAACAUCCUAUAGCAAAUACUGCUGAUGCAGAUUCUGUCCAAAUUGUAAUUCCUCAAAACGAAGUUGGCCGUAAUCAUGAUAUUUAUGUGGCCAGUGUUUCAAAUACGCAUUCAGUAUGUCCAAAGGACAUGUAUUUAGCUAUUGUCUCAACCAUUGUAGAAACGGAGAACCCAGAAGAAGAAAUUAAGGCAGGAUUAGACUUAUUAGGAGACAUUUAUAAAAAGUUUGUAUAUGUGAGUGAUAUUCAAGAGCCUCUUGAAGAUGGAGAAAAUGAUAACGUUUUUAUUUCCAAAUCGUACGAUGCUACAUCACAUUUUGAAACGGUAUGUGAUGAUGUCAAGAGUAUUUAUAAAAGAAUGACAGGAAAUGAACUUAUUUUGAAAAAGAGGGAAAUUACUACUGUAGAUGCUUAAAUCUUGUUUAAUGAAUAAAAAUAAAAUUGGACUGCUUAAAUUUUAA